AUGCCGCGACGUCCACCAGCAGUGGAUGACUAUGCGUCUGCGGUACCACAUGUCAUCCUCGCCUCUUCUGACGCCGAGUUCCUCGACCAACUGAUCCCCGUCCUUAAAGAUGCUACCCAUUCAAAUCGAACACCUCUUUUGACUCAGUGUCUAAGCCGAUACUAUGAAGAUCGAGAAGCUGAGAUCGAACGUAUCGGUCUAACCCGACACGAGGAGUUUCUUGAUUCCAUCAACCAUUUACAAACCGUUCGCGCGGAAACCGUUACUUUAACACAAGAGAUCUUGAGUUUGAACGAAUCGAUCGCUACUAGCACAAAGAAGUUGGCCACGCAAAAGGAAGCCCUGGUCAACACUUCAGCUGUACGACAGAAUAUUGCCGACGCCACCAAUGCUUUGAAUGACUCUCUCACCAUCCUCCGCGCCGUCAACAAUGCACAUGAUCUUGUCCGCCGCAAGAAAUAUUAUGCCGCUCUCAAAUCACUCGAUGACCUCCAAAAUGAACAUCUUGUCCCCAUUAUCCAAAAUCGCUAUUCUACGCAGCAUCGGCUGGCCGAUGUCAUACAAAAAUCGAUACCCGCGUCGCAAAAGGCUAUUUCAGAAGCUGUUAUGACGGACUUGAAUACAUGGCUGUUCCGCAUUCGAGAAACAUCUCAAUUUCUGGGCGAAGUCGCAUUCUACCAUACCGAAAUGAGGAGGACUCGACAGAAGAAGAGGGUGGAAGAUGAUCCGUUUUUAGCUAAUUUCAAGCUGAACUCAGCUAUUGAGCUAGUCAGCGACGAAAAUGAAGACUUUGACGUGCUGAACAAUGAGGAAUUACAAGUUGACUUCUAUCCUCUGCUUGAGGCACUCCAUAUUCAUGAAGCGCUGGGCCAACUUGACAAGUUCCGGUCAGAGUAUGGAGCUACACGACGGCAACAAAAAGACCUGCUUCUUCCUUCUUUCAUUGGGCUUUUGGCCGAGGAUGAGCAGUCUUUGAGUAGUUUGCUGGAAGGAAUAGCAGGAUUUGCCAUCAUUGAAAAGGCGACAAUGCAGCGGGUUCCGCAUUUGCGCUCAGCUAGUGAUGUCGAAGAGUUAUGGGAUUCCAUGUGUACGGCUGUGAUCAACCUGACCUCGAAAGGGCUGGGCGAUGUCGAGGAUGCCGAGGCCCUGAUCAAGAUCAAAACCAUCAUAGCUCUCUUCAUCCAGACAAUGGAGGGCUGGGGAUAUUCAGUGACAACGCUAGAUAACUUCCUUCUAAAAUUAUUCGACAAAUACGCGGAGCUUCUGAAGAAACGAUUCAGCGAAGACUUCCAUGAGAUAGUAUCCACGGAUGACUACAUGCCGAUGGCCAUCAACAACCCCGAGGAGUACGAAAAGGUGGUCAACGUUAGUUGGUUCUCUCAAGAAAAGCCAGCAGACCAAAUUACAUACCCUUGCGUCCUCCCUUUCUCGCAGAUGUACCCCCUGUGUUGCAUAGAUAUCCGCAACUUCUUAAACCAGUUCUACUUCUUCUCUGACGACCACUUCCAACACCCUACUGUUAUUGACGAAACCCUCAGAAAGUCCCUAGACGAACUUCUUACAGAAAAGGUCUGUAAAUCGCUUGUGGAACGUCUGAGUUCUCAAUACCUGGGUCAGAUCGUCCAAAUCCUCAUCAACCUCGAGCACUUCGAGAUCGCCUGUCGAGAGCUUGAGCAACUGCUUAUUCGGGCGCGUUCCUCGACAUCGGCAGGCGGCCCGGUCACACUCAAGGCUACAGACGCAUUCCGCGACAACAAGAAGACAGCUGAGAAGCGAAUCUUCGAGCUGGUCAACUCAAAGAUUGACGACUUGAUCGAUACAGCAGAAUACGAGUGGACCGCGUCAACGGUUGAGAAGGAACCCAGCAACUACAUGCAAACUUUGACGAGGUACUUGUCCAACAUUAUGAACUCUACUUUACUUGGUCUGCCUCGCGAGAUCAAAGAGCUCAUCUACUUCGAUGCGCUGAGUCACACCGCCGAGAAGAUUUUGGCCCUUCCUCUUUCGAGUGAUGUGAAGCACAUCAACCCCAAUGGCGUGGCAGCCCUUGCACAGGACGUAGACUACCUUGUCCAGUUCGUCAGCAGUCUUGAGAAUGGACAAAUGCUCCGCGAGAACCUCGAUGAGUUGUCGCAGACUAUCUCCCUUCUACAGACUGAUAACCAGGACGAGUUCUUCGACAUAUCCACACGCAACAAGAAAUAUGGACGUGUCAAUGCCCUCAACGGACCGAUGUUGCUAGAGAAAUUGACACCGGUUGCGGCGAGUCCCGCUAGAAGCGCACCGCUGGCUGGGUUCUCAUCGAGAUUUGGCAUAGGUCGAUCAUGA